AUGUUUGAAGCACGUUUAAGCCAAGGUUCGCUACUCAAAAAAAUCCUCGAAGCAGUCAAAGAGUUAGUGACGGACGCGAAUUUUGACUGUAGCGAGACUGGCAUUGCAUUACAAGCAAUGGACAAUUCCCACGUCGCGUUAGUUUCCGUGUUGCUAAGGGCCGAAGGGUUUGACCCUUAUCGUUGUGACAGAAAUAUGCCUUUAGGUGUAAACUUGAACUCUUUAAAUAAGAUUCUAAAGUGCGCUGGAAACGAGGAUAUUAUCACGUUGAAAGCAGAUGACUCGGGCGAUACUCUAGGAUUGAUAUUUGAAAGUCCGAAUAAUGAUCGAGUUGGAGAGUAUGAACUUAAAUUAAUGGAUAUUGAUCAAGAGCAUCUCGGUAUUCCUGAUACUGAAUAUGAAGCGAUUGUUCGUAUGCCAUCAAGCGAAUUUCAACGAAUUUGCCGAGAUUUAGCAGUUAUUAGUGAAUCAGUGACAUUUAAUGUAGAAAAAGAAGGCAUUAAAUUUACGUCAAGUGGAGAAUUUGGUACCGGUGCUGUCACACUUAAACCUCAUACUGAUAUUGAUAAUGAAGAGGCAUCCACAUCGAUCGAACUGACGCAAAGUGUGACUCUCACCUUCUCCUUAAAGUAUCUUACUCUCUUUUCAAAAUCAACUCCAUUGUCAGAUCAAGUCACCCUAUUCUUGUCGGAUAAUGUUCCGUUAUUGGUUGAAUACAAAAUGGAUGAUUCCGCCUUUAUUAGAUAUUAUCUGGCACCCCGGUGA